ACAGCUCAGCGUUGGUAAGAGCACUCCCAAUGGGGUCAUGGCAACGGGAAUGGGAGCACGCUGAAUGGGGCUGGCCCAGGGGCGGUGGGAGCACUCUGAAUGGGAACAUUGCAGUGGGAGUGCACUCUUAGUGAGGCUGCCUCAGGGAAGGGAAAUCAUUCUCAGCGGGGACAUGGCAAGGGCCGCAGUUGCACUGUCAGUGGGGAUAGCACAGGGAGCAUUCUGCUUCUCCCAAAGGUCUGAUCUUGGGGGAGUGUCACCCCACAAAACCCUUUUUCGCCCAGGGCUGUCCCCAGCAAAAAUGUCUCUGCAGGGUCAUCCACCAGCACAGGGAAGGCUCAUGGCUGUUUCUCUAAUGUGAAGGGACCCUUUGCUGCAGGGACGUUUCUCGGGGGCUACAUGCCAUUAUGUCGUUGUAGGGAAGUUCCUGUAGCCUGCAGUGUUUUUGGGGCUGUGCAGAACCUCACCACAGCCUCGUGUCAGACUGUUUGCAUUGGACCAAGCAAGCAUCCUGCCAUGGAUUGCCACACUAUGGUUUUAGGGAGUCUUGAUGCAGCACAGUCAAUGUUAUAACAUGGCAUGAUGGUACUUGGUUGCAAUGUUUCACUGUAGUGUCUUGGUUUUUUGGCCAAGUCUAUUCUAUUGCAUCACAAUGUUUUCAUGCAGCACACUGGCAUUUUCAGGCAGUGCCCUUCUGUGAAGUCAUGCAUAGCAGUGAGUUGAUGAAGUUCAGAGUCGUUGUAAUGGCAUCUUGGUACAGAGUGAUGGAUGUAAUGAUGUAAUUCCAUUUAUUUGAACAAAUGGUUGCAAAUGGCAUGGUCUUGGACGCAAGCCAAAUUUUUGAACACCAUAAUCUUCUAUUCCGAACAUUUAACAGUUCAUCUAAGAAGAUGGCCGCUACAGAGUCCCUAAAUUUACAUAAAAGAAUGUCCCUGCUUUCACUGAUGGAUGAAGAUGAACCAGAGCGUUUUGAUGGGCUCUCUCUCUUGUACUGGACUAUUAUGGGACCUUAUGGAAUCAAUCGAGCUGUUCACCGCAUUACUUUUUCUGACUGUCAAAAUGGAUUAGGUGUUAAAAUUAUUGGAGGUUAUCGGGAGCAAACUGAAGAAGACUAUGGCAUUUUCAUAAAGAAAAUUUUGCCUGGAGGGAUGGCUGCAAUAGAUAGCCGAUUGCUCACUGGAGACCUAAUUUUAGAUGUCAAUGGAGAAAACUUAGUUGGUGUAACCAGUGAAAGAGCUGUUGAUGUUUUGCGAAUGGCAUCAGCGACUAAUCAUGUGUCUUUGCUGAUUACGAGAGAUGAAGAAGCAAAGAAAGAAUUUCUAGACCUGAUGGAUAAAUAUGGAUCAUGCAGUAACACAGGCUCUGCAAGAUGUUCACCAACACAACUGCUAGCUGGAAAACAUGUUGACAGCCUUUCUUCUGGAUCAUCCUCAAGGUCACAAAGUCCUCAGCUUCCGCGUCCAAAGGGUAUUGUCACCAGCUACAAUGGAAAUAAUUCGGUUACCACAACAGCCCCACAACUCACAAAUGAUAGUGCAUUUCAGAUUAUCACUGUUUCCAAGGGAACAGGCCUAGGCUUGAACAUUGUGGGAGGAAUUAACAGAAAUGAAGGUCCCUUGGUGUAUAUUCAAGAAGUUAUCCCUGGAGGUGACUGUCAUAAGGAUGGACGACUGAAGCCUGGAGACCAGCUUGUAUCCAUAAACAAGGAGUCAAUGAUUGGAGUCUCCUAUGAAGAAGCAAAAAGUAUAAUCAACAGAACAAAGCUGAGAUCUGAAUCUGCCUGGGAGAUCGCUUUUAUCAGACAAAGAGUUUUUCCCGGUUGCUUUGAAAAUCCUCAAAGUCCUGGCAGUCUCUUGGCAUCUUCUGCUGGAUGCGGACAGCAACAGACACUACUUGCGUUUAAUCUUCUUUCACCUCCUAAUGAGAAUCCGGGUUCAAAGGUGUCCACAUCCUACACUAUGAAAACUGGAUUCAAGAAGAGAGAACAAUCUCCAAUUCCUUCUGCAGACAGCAGCCCUGCUGAUGUGUCUGUGGCUGCUGUUGCUUCCAACUGGACUGAAGAUUAUGGACCUCAAGAAAGGAAGAUUUCUCUGAACCCCACUGUUCGUCUCAAAGCAGAGAAACUGGAGAUGGCACUAAAUUAUCUUGGGAUUCAGCCCACAAAUGAACAGCAGCAAGUCCUGAGGCACCAACUCCAGAAAGAUUCUAAAGGGACAGUAUCUUUUGGAGAUUUUGUUCAGGUUGCAAGAAAUCUGUUCUGUUUGCAGUUGGAUGAAGCAGGUCGUGGCCCAAGACCUAUAACAUUUGGGGCCAGUGAAAUUGCCAGUUUAUUAGAUUCACAGCUUGUAUCUUGUGAUUCUUUGGAAAUGGAUGAUGUGGAAAGACUUAAAAGAGAAAGAAAUGAAGCUUUAAAAGAAAUAAGUAAACUGAAGGAAGAAUUGUCUGAAUCAGUAGGUCUACGAAAACUGUUAACAGAGGAGCUACAAACUGUGAAACAAGAAGCCAAGGCAGCAGUGGAAGAGGCAAGAGCCCUGCGAAGUAGGAUUCAUCUUGCAGAAGCUGCACAGAGGCAGGCUCGUGGAAUGGAGAUGGAUUAUGAAGAAAUAAUCCGCCUAUUAGAGGCUGAAAUUACAGAGCUGAAGGCUCAGCUCACUGACCAUUCCGGCCAAAAUAAAGAUAGUGUUCAAGAUUUGAGAAAGAGAAUUACUGUGCUUGACUGCCAGCUACGGAAAUCAGAAUCGGCUAGGAAAACCUUUGAGGUGGCCACUGCAAAACUGCUGCAAUUUGUAGAGGUUGUACACGAAGUAUUAGCAGACAACUCCAUCCCCUUGUCAAAUUUAAGUGACCGAAGAGGCACAUUGUCUACCAAAACACUCCUGGCACGACUGGGGAGGAAUGGACGUACUGUCACGGCAACCCUUGCAGCAGAAGCCAAAGAACUUACUAAAUCUGUCCGUGCCAUUCUGGAAGUAGAUUGCUUACCUUAUGGAUGGGAAGAAGCUUACACAGCAGAUGGAAUCAAGUACUUUAUCAACCAUGUAACACAGACGACAUCAUGGAUCCAUCCAGUGACCAGUGCACUGAACUUGUCCUGCUCUGAGGAGAAUGAGGAAGACCGGACCAGAGAGCUUCCAGACCCCAAGAGCUGAGACUGGUGGAGAGUAGUUUCAGUCUCAUUUCAGCACCUGGAUAAGAAGAUGUACACCUUCCAAUAGUCUAAUGUAAUAGCACCAGAUAUUACGCCUAUCGAAGUCAAUAGGAGCUUUGCCACUGAUUUAGGUAGGAUCAUUUUCAAUGCUGAAGUUCACCUUGGCAAAAUUUCCACUUAAACCCUUAAGGACUUAGGUGGUGCACAGGACCUGGAUAAGUCCUGUGCACAGGGGUCACUCUCACUCUCAUCCCUUAGGAUUUGAUCCUGACCUUUCACCACUUAUACACUGGUAUAACUUCAUUGGCUGGAAUGGAGUUAAUCCUGCUCCUAGUAUGAGAACAGAAUUGGGCCCAGUGGCUGUAAUUCUCACAGUGGCUUCAAGCUGCUUGUAGAGCCAUAACAUACAAGCUGAGCUUUUUUACCAGUGCUAGUAGUUGUAAUAGAGAUGCCUUUUUUGUAACUACUGAGUCAGUCUGUUUUUAUAGCAGAAACUUUCAAUGUAUUUUGCUAGCAAAAGUUUAUGACAAUUUGUUGUAAGCAUUGCAGCCCAGAUGACUUUUCUACAGAUAUUUUUAAGAUGAAUGAUUAGGCCUUAGGAAGACAAGGCCUUGAUGAGUUGUCAAGUAUAAAGACACAAUUUUGGUUGAGAAAGCCGUACUCUGUCAGCAUAAUCGUGCAAUGAAAAUGAUUUCACUUUUGUACUCUGCUAAACCUACAGCCACAUGCAACUAUUUCAGCAGAAGCUGUGAAAUUUCAAGUACGAUGAAACCUAUGAAGGUACCUCUGGGAUCAGCAGAGUUCAGUCACCUCCUAGAAGUGGGUCUUUAAGUAGACACAAAACAAAUUCAUUCUGGAGAUCUUGAGGAUAUUUUAAAGGGGUUACUCAAAAUGAGGUGCUGCUGUGGCCCUACAAACAGGUUUCACUGUACAUCAGCAGCAUGAGAUAUUUUAAGAUAAUGUUACACUCAGCACAAGGGCUGAUUUCUGCUUUGAGUGCCUGAUUCUACAAUAGGUCACUAUAAAGGCUCUCCUCUUUUUAUAUCUGUGACGAUGACAGGUGUUGACUAAUGAAUGAAAUAAGGAACACUAGAAGCACUGAUGAAUAGGCCAAACUAAAACAGCGGUUCAAACCUUUAGAACCAAGGAGUGAGGCUCUGUUUUAAAGGGUGAGGCGGGCACAGGCUACAGCCUGAAUUCCUUUGGGAAGCAUACAUAGGAGUGUCACACUCUGAAAAGAUACAACUUAGCUCCACUGGUCAAUUCAAAGCCAGGUCCCCAUCCCUCACACCCUCAAUGGGGAGUCUCGGACAAGUGGUGGAGCUGGAUUUUCAAAUCUUUGUACUAUUGAGCAAAAGGACCUGACUUGUUUACAGCUCCUACACCUACUAAAACUCUCCUUGCCAACUUCCCCUCACACCCGGCGCAGAGCCAGGCACAGGGUAGCUCUUAGGCCUUUAACAUUUAAUUUGCUUUACAGAGCAAAACUCCGAGUAAGCCUCCUUUCUGAGUCACAGUGUGGCUCUUUAUCAUAUAUGCUCCAUGUACGACGGCGUCACACCCGGGAUAGCCCCUCCCAGGGAAUCUGUACUGCGGCGCAGAGAAGUUAGUUUUGCCCAGUCUCUCCCAGAAGCAGAUGUCAUUCCUAGUGCUGAGCAAUGUCAUACUCACUCGGGAGGCUGGUAGGAAACGUUGUUGUGUUCUUUUAAGGGCCAAUUACCCAUGCAUGUGGAGUCCGUGUCCCUUCAUGUAGCAAGUAGAGGGAGGAUGUUAUGGAGGGAGCUUGACCAGCAGAUCCACUGAACAAACCCUCAGUAUGACAGCAGUCUGGAAAGCUGCCAUGCUUCAGCCAUGAUCUGCUAUGGCCUCAUAUGGAGGAUUGUGCCCCCAUCCCUCAAACCACCACAUAGAAACACUGAGCAGAACCCAUUAGCAGGGGCUUUGUGUCGAGCUAUAAUGGGCCCUUUAAUAUGCCGUUCUUCUCUAAAUGCCCUUUAAAAACUGGCACAGACUCCUGCUGCUUGCAGGACCUUGUACCAGGGGUUUUCUGCAGUUUCCUUGUCCUAGGAGUCAUGUAAGUGCUUUGUUUAUUACAGAGCCAAGGUGGAUGAGGUAAUUUCUUUCCUUGGACCAACUUUUGCUCUCUUUCCGGUGCGUGAGAGUUACGCGGUGGUAUCUUGUUUGAGGCGGUCCCUUCUGGAGUAUGUGAUGUUUAUUCCAGGCACUUUCUGGCUCUAAUCAGGGAUUUCCUACAAAUUCUGUUUAGUUAGGGCAUAUAUAGACUGUGCCGCUCUGAUUUCUUUGUGAGAGAUUUGAAUCAGGUCGUGGCUACGCUAUCCUCCCGGGACUUGAUUCAGCCAUGGGUUAUGGUAUCUCAGAGUACAGGUCGGUGGUCACAACUCCACUCUGCCAGUGGCUUCCCAGCCAAGCAGCCCAACCCUGAAAGUGGAUGGGGGUAAGGCUAGGACCAUGAACGAGGCAGGCUCCACCCAUUGGAUCCACUGUAGGAGGGCAGCAUUGUGAAUGCUACCUGCUCGCCCCAAGGAGUGAACACUGACCCCCUGCCCUGAGUAUGCAGUUCACUGCUUACUGCAGCAGCGAGGGAGAACCCGAGAUAAAAUGCUGGCAUUCUGCCUGCUGUGCUUACUUGGAGAAUGUUUCUCUUUUAUUUUGACUUGAUAAUUAAAGACUUCUUAGAAACAGA